GCUCUCCAAAGCACAACAGAGCACAGUGUAGGCCUGAAGGGCAGAAGCGCCGUCCUUGAGUCCAUCACUUCAGCGCAGAGAUGGGCUACUGGGACACUCCCGAGGGCACGGCGUGUGUGGAGAAAACAUGGAUCACCACCAAACUGGCCACGGCGCUAGGUCUCGUGGGAUCAGCCUAUCAUAUCGUAGCCUUCCAGCCUGAGUCAGCCAUGGCAGCUCUACAGAGGGCCACCAGCACCACCGUCACUAUGGCAUCUCUGGGGGCCAUCUUUGGUAUGGCCACCUGUCUGAGCGCCCAGGCCCGGGGGACCCCGGAUGACCCACUCAACUACUUCAUCGGGGGCUGUGCCUCAGGAGCCUUCCUGGGGGCUCGCACUCACAAUCCCAUGACAGGGACGUCGGCAUGCCUGGCUCUGGGCACUUUGGCAUACUUCACUAAAGUGGGCAAACAGGAGGGUUGGAGGCUGACCGGAUCCCCGCGACUGUGAGGCGUACCUUGUAAUAUAAAUUUAAUGUAUCAUAAAGACUUUAUGUAAUAAACCUGUUUUAAAAAAGAAACAA